AUGGGAGACCCAUCUGAGCCUAAGGAGCUGCCGGAACGCGUCCUGAAGCGAGAUCUUUUCGAAUUUGCCAACCGACGCAGAACCGACUACCCCUAUUCAGACAAUCUUGAUGUCGACGUAUUGAUCGUUGGUGCGGGAUUUGGCGGUACGUAUCUCCUGUAUGAGAUGCGGAAGGCGGGGUUCAAGACUGUCUUGUAUGAAGCUGGUACCUCAUUCGGAGGCACGUGGAGAUGGAAUGUUUACCCAGGCGCUCGGGUCGACUCUGAGGUUCCCAUCUAUCAGCUGGCCAUCCCAGAAGUGUAUAAGACCUGGACCUGGACGACCAAUUACCCCGACUGGUCUGAACUUCAAGCGUAUUUCGACCAUGUGGACAAGGUCUGCGAACUGAGCAAAGAUUGCGCCUUCGAAAGUGUGGUCACCGAUGCACAGUUCGACACUGACUCUGGGAAAUGGGUCGUCAAGACCGCCGAUGGCCGUACCGCUAAAAGCAGAUUCCUGAUCAUUGCCGCCGGAUUUGCAGCCAAGAGAUAUAUCCCUGACUAUCCCAGCAUGGAGAAAUUCAAGGGAGUCAUGCACCACUCUUCAUUCUGGCCCCCUGAAGGCGUGGAUGCUCGCGGUAAGAAAGUUGCUGUUAUCGGCACCGGUGCCUCCGGAGUACAAAUCAUCCAAGAAUGGGGGCCUCAAGUGGAAAAGUUGACCGUCUUCCAGCGGACACCCAACUUGGCAUUACCCAUGGGUAAACGCGACAUGACCAAGGAAGAGCAAGAAGCAUUAUACCCGGCCUACGACGACCUCCUUCGGAUGCGUGAGAAAAACUUUGCAGGCUUCACGUACGAGUUCGAGGAGCGCAACACCUUCGAGGACACCCCCGAAGAGCGUGAAGCUGUCUACGAACGCCUGUGGAAGAAGGCGGGCUUCGGUAUCUGGCUUGGCUCGCACAAAGACUACCUCUUUGACUUGAAAGCAAACCGCUGUGUCUACGAUUUCUGGCGCAAGAAGCAAGAGACUCGUAUCAAGAACCCUGAGAAGCGUGCUUUGCUCUGCCCAGUGGAACCUCCCCACCCAUUCGGCGUCAAGCGACCCUGCCUCGAACAGAAUUACUACGAAGUCCUAGACGCCGACAAUGUGGAUAUUGUAGACAUCUCCGAAAAGUCCGCCACCAAGAUUCAAGAGUUCACCGAGACGGGUAUCAAGACCAGCGAUGGCAAGCACCACGAAUUCGACAUCAUUGCCCUGGCGACGGGCUUUGAUAUUACGACCGGAGGAAUGACAAAUAUGGGAUUGAAGUCCAUCCACGGCACCACCCUGCACGACGAAUGGAAGGAAGCAGCUUACACUUACUUGGGCACCACCAUCUCAGGAUACCCGAACAUGUUCCAUCUCUACGGUCCUCACGGCCCAACCCUCCUCUCCAACGGCCCGUCCAGCGUCGAGGUCCAAGGCCGCUGGAUCCGCGACGCCAUCAAAGACAUUGACCGCCAAAACAUUAAAUACAUCAACGCCACGCAAGAAGCAAGCCAGAAGUGGAAGGACCGCAUUAAUGAGUUGAGCGACAUGACAUUGCUGCCAACCACGAGGAGUACAUACAUGGGUGGAAGUGUUCCAGGCAAGGCGUUUGAGCAGGUCAACUACGCGGGCGGAAUCCCGGAGUACGUCAAGGAGAUCCGGGCCGUGCUGCCGGCUUUCACGGGCUUUCACGUCGUCAAGGCUUAA